CACCUGUUCAACACCAUCAAGGUGCCUGGAUGAAAAGCAUUUCCUCAGCCACCCAGUCUAAGCUGCUCAAGACUAUCCCCAGGAAGAAGGACAAUGGCCAGGAAGAUGAUCAUCGUGGCCCUGCUGACAAUACUGGGGGCGACAUUGUGCAUCUUUGUUGGCAUCUUCUAUGGCAUGGACCACAGGAAACUGUCUGAAGGCACCAAGACCAGCUACUUCUCCAGAGCUGCUGUGGCUGCAGAUGCAGGGCUAUGUUCGGAAAUUGGGAGGGAUAUUUUGAAAAGGGAGGGUUCUGCUGUGGAUGCCGCUAUAGCCGCCCUGCUGUGCGUGGGACUCAUGAAUGCCCACAGUAUGGGCAUUGGUGGAGGGGCCUUCUUCACCAUCUAUAAUGCUACAACAGGAAAGGUAGAGACUAUUGAUGCAAGGGAGACUGCACCUUUAAAUGCAACUGAAAGCAUGUUUGGUGGUAACACUGAGCUUUCAAGAAAAGGGGGACUAUCCAUUGCUGUGCCAAGUGAGAUCCGUGGGUAUGAGAUGGCGCAUCGUCGGCAUGGCCGUCUACCAUGGAGGGAGCUGUUUGAGCCCAGCAUACAACUGGCACGCCGUGGAUUCCCUGUGGGAAAAGCACUGGCAAAAGCUAUUGACGAGAACAGGAAAACCAUCCAGGAGGACCCUGCUCUAUGUGAUGUGUUCUGUGACUCAAACAAACGGCCCCUAAAGGAAAAUGAAACCAUAAGAUUUGUUACCCUUGCCGACACCUACGAACGAAUAGCCUGGGAGGGACCUGAUGUCUUUUACAAUGGAACACUGGCUGAGGACCUUGUGAAGGACAUUCAGGCUGCAGGGGGCAUCAUCACACUGGAAGAUUUGAAUGAAUAUAGUCCAAGACUGGAUAAAAGCCCAAUAGAGGUUCAUGUUGGGGGGUUCACCAUGCAUGUCCCAAAUGCCCCUUCUGGUGGUCCAGUUCUCUCUCUCAUACUCAAAAUCCUGCAAGGUUACAACCUGACGGCUGAGAGCGUCUCCACCACCAAGAAGAAGAUUCUGACAUACCAUCGCAUUGUGGAAGCCUUCCGAUUUGCCUAUGCCAAGCGGAGCCUAAUGGGUGACCCGCUCUACCUGAACAUCACAGAUCUCAUUAACGAUAUGACGUCAGAUGCCUUUGCUGAGGACCUCCGCAGGAAGAUCACAGACAACAUGACCCAGCCGGAGAGUUAUUAUGAGCCUCAUUAUUUGGCUCCUAAUAACCAAGGCACAGCCCAUAUCUCUGUGUUGGCAGAGGAUGGAAGUGCAGUGUCAGCCACCAGCACCAUCAACCACUACUUUGGCUCUAAGGUUCUGUCCCAGCGCACUGGAAUCCUCUUGAACAAUGAGAUGGAUGACUUCAGCUCCUCCAACAUCACCAAUGGCUUUGGUGUGGCACCUUCACCAAACAACUACAUCCGACCAGGAAAGCGACCACUAUCCUCCAUGUGUCCAGCAAUACUUACUGACAGCGAUGGAUCCGUCAAAAUGGUGGUUGGAGCUUCCGGAGGAACCAGGAUCACAACUGCAACAGCCCUGGUGAUUCUCAACUCGCUGUUCUUUAACUACGACUUGACCAAGGCGGUUAAGGAUCCUAGGAUCCACAACCAGCUUAAUCCCAACACGACGGAAGUGGAGGAAAGUUUUGACAUGAAUGUGUUGAAUGCAUUAAAGCAGAAGAACCAUGCGACUGAGGAGGUGAAGAUUGCAGGUUCGGUGGUCCAGGCGGUACUGAAGCAGGGAGACCACCUCCACGCUGAAUCAGACCACAGGAAGGGUGGCUAUCCUGCGGGCUACUAAAAGCUUCAAAGAACCCUUAUGGACCCUUAAGGGCCAUAGAGAGACUCUGAUCACUGUCCUGCAGGCACAGUGAGGACCGUUAUAAAACCAUGUGCUGUGAACUUGCCCAAUGCCUUUGGGAGAUCCAAGUUUCAGUGUUAGAAUUUUAUAAAAUGUUCAUUUCACUGGGGAGAACAGAUUGUAUCAUCUUCUACUGCCAUGCCUACUGUUUUGAAACUACUUUUCCAUGAUGUACGUUUUAUUAUUCUACAUUUGUAGCUACAUAUUAAAAUGCAACAACGGUAAAAUUCCUUGCUCCCUAAGCCAACCCGUCGUAGUUAUUUUCAACUGGUUUGCAUCCUUUGGCACCAAAUUAAAGUCUAUACAUGCUGAAAGAAAACGAUAUCAUUGCCAACUAAUCAGCAUAAAGAAAUGGACUCUAAUCCUGUUGCGGUUUGACUGAAUGCUUUCAUUGAUGACUCCUUCAGUUUCGUGCCUCUUAAACUUCAGAUAGACAAGUUCCAUAUGACAGGGACGUCUGUGCUCAA